AUGGAUGAUUUCAUGUACAAGUUAGUCGUGUACUGCAAAUAUACCCUCAUAGGUAAGUUCCGUACCACCAUGCCAAUGAUAGAACUCAUCAGGAAGAGUUUCAUCCUACAAACUCAGCUGAAUAGGGGGGUCAAUAUUGCACACUAUAAUGCUAGGCAUGUGUUUAUUGAUUUGGAAAACGAACUGGACUAUAACACGGUAUGGACACAACAAAGAAUGACCAUUGAGGGAAAACUCAUGAGAAUACAAGCCUGGACCCCCAACUUUAAGCCUGAAGAAGAAACACCCAUUGUCCCCAUAUGGAUACUGCUGCCAGGCCUACCAUGGCACUUCUUCAAGAAAGAGUUCAUCACACCUCUGCUGGAAUCAGUGGGCAAAGUUCUCUACUUAGAUACAGCCUCCAUUAAACGAACUAGAGCUAGUAUGGCCAAAGUAAAAGUCCAAGUAGAUCUCACCAAAGCUAGAACUCGACAUGUUUGGAUAGGCUUGGAUGAGGAGGACCUCACUAUAGGGAGAUGGCAACCAAUCGAAUAUGAAAAUAUCCCUCCCUAUUUUGCUUACUGCAAGCAUCAAGGUCACAUGAUAGGGGAUUGUAAUUUCAAAAUAAGAGAUGAGGACCUCAAACGUAGAAAAGAAUUAGGAGCAGAGAUGAAAAACAUAAGUAAUAGCGAACAGGGACAGCAAGGAAAUGAGCAUAGACAAGUCAGGCCAAGGGAGCAAGAGGAACAACAACAUCAAAACACCAAAGAAGGGAACAACCAGUUACCACCUGAAUAG